AUGAAGAACCUCUCAUUCUUGGGACUGGCUAGUUUGGCUUCAGCCCAAGCUGCCGGGUAUAGCCAGUGUGGUGGAAGCGGCUACUCCGGCUCAACUACAUGUGCUUCAGGCUGGACUUGUCAGUACCAGAAUGAGUGGUACAGUCAAUGUGUGAAAGCUGCCGAUGGAGGUACCACUUUGACGACAAAGGCAUCAACGUCAACGACCACAACUGCCGCUGCUACGACGACCAAGGCAACCACAACCGCCGCCAACCCCGGUGGAACAAGCUUUCCCACAACCAACGGAAUCCAAUUCGAGAUCGACGGCAAAACAAGCUACUUCGCAGGCUCAAACUCAUACUGGAUUGGCUUCCUGACCAACAACGAUGAUGUGGAUACAGUGUUCGAUCACAUGGAUGAAGCCGGACUCCGAAUCCUACGUGUCUGGGGAUUCAACGAUGUGAACACCGUCCCAUCCGCUGGUACCGUCUACUACCAGCUCCUCAAGGAUGGAACCGCCACCAUCAACACCGGAGCAGAUGGUCUGCAACGUCUGGAUUACGUGGUCGCCUCUGCCGAAGCCCACAACGUCAAGCUCAUCAUCAACUUUGUGAACAACUGGUCUGACUACGGUGGUAUGGCUGCCUAUGUCAGCGCCUUCGGCGGUAGCCAAACCACUUGGUACACGAACACCGCUGCUCAAAAGGCUUACCAGGCUUACAUCAAGGAGGUUGUGUCUCGGUACAAGGACUCUCCUGCGGUCUUUGCUUGGGAGUUGGCUAAUGAGCCUCGCUGCAACGGGUGUGACACCUCUGUUCUUUACAACUGGAUUAAGACGACAAGUGCCUACAUCAAGUCAUUGGACUCUAAGCAUAUGCUGGCUAUUGGUGAUGAGGGCUUCGGACUUGACACUGGAUCUGACGGCUCUUAUCCAUACAGCUAUGGGGAGGGCCUCGACUUUGCGAAGAACCUUGAGAUUGAAGAUAUUGACUUCGGAACAUUCCAUCUCUACCCCUCAAGCUGGGGAACCUCGAAUGACUGGGGCAAUGGGUGGGCCAAGUCCCACGGUGCUGCUUGUGCCGCGGCCGGAAAGCCAUGCUUGUUUGAAGAGUAUGGAGUCACGUCCAAUCAUUGCGCGAUUGAGAAGCCGUGGCAGAAGACGGCCCUGGACACCGUCGGGGUCGCGGGUGAUCUUUACUGGCAGUAUGGCGACACGCUGAGCUACGGACUGUCGCCCGACGAUGGCAACACAUUCUACUAUGGCACCAGUGAAUUCACUUGCUUGGUGACCGAUCACGUCGCGGAUAUCAACUCUUAG